GAUUUUGUUAUCGUUCGCUUGACGCUCGAGUCAACUCGCUCAUUUACUUCGCACUCGUUCGCACUUCGCAGUUUGUUUCGAGACGCGAAACGAUGAGGUUUGUCGAUGCUCGCAAUAUUCGCACGACCACGAUUCGAUGUCACAACGACAAGCCCGAUCAAGCCGCUUUUCGUCUGCGCUUUCUAUCUCUUUGCAACAGAAAUCAGCCCAAAUGCAUCUCAUUCUCUUGGUGCACCGAAUGACGUAAAACAGAAUAGUACUGCGUCCACAGUUGACGCAGGACGAACCUUUAGAUUGAAGAAGAAGAAAAGGAAAAGAAAAGAAGGAUAUACAUAUACGCGCGCAUUUCAAAGUGGAGAGCAACAAUUAAAAAUAGGAAGAAAGGAAUCGGAGACUUGAUAUAUACGCGUCGGCGAGAGCGAACGAGAAAGAUGCCGAGGGGAUUCGAUUUACGAGCGACUCGAAAGUGUAUCGAGAGAAUCGACGACGUACAAUAGUUUAUAUACAAUGCGUAACAACGAAAGAUAAUACGAAGCAAGUAUACAUAUCAAAAGGAAAUUUCGCGUCGGACAUAAAUUACAGAGAACGCAAAUGGAACGUCCAUAACAAAUCCUACGGAUUAGAAUUAUUAGAAAUAUAAUUGGAAAAGAAGAAGAAGGCAUUUACCGUCACGUCGUAUCGCGCGGCGCAGUACGCAGUGCGUUGAUUAUUAUUUAUUUUUCGAACGAGCGAUUCUCAAAUUGAGGGAGAAGGAACACUUUUUCUGCCGCUCCGCGACCAGAAGAACCGUGAGGAUCAAAAAAUGUGGUGCUCUUCCAGCGAGAGCGCUCAGAAGGAGCGUGCCCGAGGAGUCGACGAGAAGAGAUUGCGGGACGAUGGGAACAACGAUGACGACGACGACAAUGACGACGAGUUCGUGAAGGAUAAUAUCGACUCCGGAUUUCUAUCGGCCGGCAAUAUGCAGGUCAGCGACGAGAUUCGCGAAUCUUGUGUAUUACAGCCGCGGCAGGAAGACAAUUGGCGGAUGAACGAGCGAGUCGCGUCGACAUCGGGAGCGACGACCUCGGUAUCGCCGUUAUCAUCGGCGAUGGCGGCGGUCGUCGACAGCGGCGUCGUGGAUGUCGACCUCAGCGAAGGCCUGAACCAGCUCACCUUGCAGAAGCAGCCUAGCUUGAAUCCCCUCGCCAUUGACGGAGUUGAACCCGAGCCGACGACAAUCUUUGAACUAAUGCCCAUAAAAACGGGGUCCAAAUCGAACGAAAGACUGAGGCAGCACCGGGACGAUCUUCUGCUCAAAGAGCAUCAGCAAGAAGGUGCCAAAAAAUGUGCAAUAAUUAAUGAGAAUAUCUGGCAGCUUUACUAUACGCAGGACGAUGACGGUGACACGCAAUUGCACAUCGCGAUCAUGCAGGGUUACGUGGAGGCUGCGCUUAUUUUGAUAAGGCUGAUUCCUCAUCCGUGUCUGUUGAACAUCUAUAAUGAUGACUGGCAAUCAUCUUUGCAUCUGGCAGUGUUGACGAAUCAGUCGCUAAUCGUUAGACGAUUGAUUCUGGCGGGCGCAGAUCCAUCUUUGAGGAAUUUCCAUGGAAACACAGCUCUCCACCUAGCGUGCAUGAACGGGGAUCUUGCUUGUGCCAAGGCUCUGACGGAUCCAUUGUCCCCGAUGGAGAGGAAUAAUCUGAUACCCGGACAAAUAGUACCAGCUUUACCUCAGAAUUUAGAGCAACGUAACUAUAGCGAUACAAGUUACUUCAAUCAGCGCGGGCCUAGUUUGGACCGCGAGACACCAGCAAAAUCUCCGACGACAAUGAGUCAUCGUGAGAUGUGCUUGCACCUGGCCGCCACUAACGGACACGUGAACUUGGUGCGUCUUCUGUUGCGUCUCGGUGCCGAUCUCGAGGCGAGGGAAGCCUUAGCGGGAAAAACGGCACUUCACCUCGCAAUGGAACGGAAAUGUCGAUCGGUAAUUAACUUCUUGUUGCAGGAGUGCAAGCCUUGUUUAGACACACAGAUGUACAGCGGUCUAACGGCUUAUCAGCUAGCACUGUGCAUAGACAGCCAGCUCGCCAGGGAACUGGUGCGAUAUGGUGCAAAACCGGAGCCGUUGCCGGAUUCAGAUUCGGAUUUGGAGAACAAUUCCGAGAACAAUUCCGAGGAUGAAACUUACGGUGAAACGAGUUAUUUGUCCGCGAUCGUCAAGAUGCAAAAUGCAGUCGAACUGAAGGUCUAAAAUAUUCACUAAUAAGUAUCCGAUUAAUCGAACGGAUCUAAGCACUGUAAGGUGAGUGAGAAU